GCGCUCCCCGAAGGUUUGUACUCCUUUAAUACCUUUAUGUAGCGAUCCAGGAGCGGAUCCAGGAUUUUUGGUGACUAUAGCUCAAAUCUUUUGGGAUUGAGACCACGCCCUCCUUGCUUGUGGGACACGCCCACUAUAUGGGCAAAUGAUAUAAUCAUGUGUGUUUAUAGUUGUUUCGUAUUCAUAAAUAUUCCUUCGAACAUCCUUUUUCUAUUUCCAGGGAUGACAGAGAAGGGGGUGUGGGGGUACAACCGCCCCUGUUGCCCUUUGACAGAAGGGGCAAGGGUUGUUUUUAAUAAAGUUCCCUUGAAACUGGCCAAUUGUAAUAAUCAGAGCGAUUCAUAUAAAAUUCUGAACUUCUCAAAACAUGUAAAAUAAUUCCUUAUGCCGAAAGUUAGCCAAUGUUGAAGAUACCUACAGAAGAUCGAAAUAAAAUUGCAGUUACGUAUGAAUUUGUAGAAGCUGAGAAUUAUCUUUCAAAAGCCCUUUUACUUGUGCCUGCCCCCCCCCCCUCCUGCCGCUUGGUCGUUCCGCCGUCCCUGUCUAUUCCCUAGUAGGUCCUUGCCUUUGAAGCUACAUUACAGGGGACCCAGGAUGUGAAAACGAGCUAUACUCCACUAUUGCUUUACAGGGGACAGAAGGCGGAGAAGUAACGUGGAUACUCAUAUUCUAUUGGUUAAAAGGCCAUUUUCAAACCUGACUAUAGCUUCACUAUAGCUCGCGCCAAAAAUUAUAGUACGGGCUUCAUUGUCUUCGAUACCUUUUCCAGAGCAAAUCCCCAGACCGACUAUAGCUCGGAAAGAACGAAACUUCUGAUUCAUCUAAGUUUUAAUAUUAGACCAUUCUGCGCUCAGUGUUUUAUAUCUUAUCUGGAGAGGCAUUGUGAUGACACAUUGCCAGCAUUGCAUGUUUGUUAAUCACAUUUGAUAACCUAUACCGCUGCUUUCAAAUGUUGAUAGUAAACAUUUGUGGGCAUAAACAGACCUUGCUAAAACGAGGAACAAGCGGAACAACCCAGUAACAACCCAGUAACAAGCGGAACAACCCAGGAACAAGCAGAACAACCCAGUAACAAGCAGAACAACCCAGUAACAAGCGGAAUCCAACUCUCUGAAGUUCGUGUGGGCUAGAACUAUCAAGAGGCCGUCAAUCAUGUCUUCGUCUGUUUCGGAGGCUUUGUGAUUUUGCCAACGGACAGAGAGAAUCUAUCGACCCCGGAUCGGGACGAAAAAUAAAUAGUAAAGCAUGCCUAAAGGGGUAUAUGUCAAAAUAUUUAUUUCAGUUCUGAUGUCGUUAUAUUUUGUUACAAUUUAUGAAAAAAUAUAAAUGCUUGUUAGAUUUUUGGCGGAAAGUUUCUCACCUCUCCUGUGAAUUUUCUUAUCGACGCCACUGUCUCUUAGCUAUUAAUAUAAUUUCUGUUUGCUGUUUAAUAUAAUUUGAGCGUAACUGAUAUCUUAACUCCAUAAUGCAGAAAAAUGAAAUUUCUUGAAGUCUAUGAAAAUGGAAAACAUUUAAUUCGUUAACUAAAUUCGAUCACAACAGACGCACUGUUGCAAAUAGAUGUGCAUGCCAUAGUGUAAAUCUGUACACGUAGCCCUGUUGCAAUCACAUUUUUCAGGCCCGUCGGAGCCGGGGGGCUGGGGGGGUUUCUGAAGCCCCACCAAUAUUUGUCUUACUGUAGUAUGUUUCCUUUAUAACAAUGUACUGCAUGGGAAGGAAUACAAUGGGCAACCUCUUACAACUUAUAAUUUGGAUUAAAGAAGAGGUUAACUUUCAGCCUCAGUAAAAAUUUUAUGCUCCCGGCGAGGUCCAGAUAAUUUUUAAAUGUGCAUUUUGUCUAUUGGAUGGAUUGUUCUAUAUUUGUGUUGCUCAAAACCUUUAAUGUGUAGCUAAUGACGGGCCAUUCUCAAAGAAAACUUGUGAAACCCGAACCUCUUUUUAUCUAAAAAUAGUCCCCUGCCCGUUUUAACUACCUUCCCCGACUAUUUUAGUUCUCAGAGCAUGAAUCCAAUCUUUUCUUCACGCGAAUACUUAGUAAAAAGUCUCGAAAUUCUCUCCCCGGGGCUGACAUGACGUCAGCAUUUGUCGGCCCCUUUGAAAAAAAAUGAUGGUAGAGAUUUUAUUUUGACCCGGAGUCAAAAUAAAAUCUUCAACGAUGGAUCAUUAUCGCCAAUUAAGCGGAUUAAAAACGACAGAUAGCAUCAAACUUUUUUCAGCAAUUUAGCCUUUUACACGAUCGUUGUCAUUCAUCGCGGUCCAAUAUCGAAAAAAAGUUUAAGGAAAAACGAUGGUGUAAACCCGCCUUAAGAAAAUCUCGUACACCUAUCGUAAAAAUCCUAUUGUUUUAUCUGAAAAUCCCCAGAAAUCCUUUUGUUUUAAGCAAAAUCUCGUACGCUAUUUGCAAGAGUGAAUCGGCCCUCGCACCAGCUCAAUAGGCAAUUAUGCCCAGUUAGAAACCUAGCGCCUUCGGCGCUUCUAUAUCAUCGGGUUAUCGUCGCCCGGUGCAACUUGAGCCCAGGUCCAGGUGCCUCGAUUUCACUUUCAGGAUAAACAUGGCUGCUAACAAGCGAGUUACACUUUUGCGUCUGAAGAGGAAAAGGACAGAAGACCCGUUCCAAGCGCUACUGGUAAGAGCAAAGAAGUCCAAAGAUUCACCCAGUCGUUUUGAAGACGAAGAUUGUGUAUUCAAACUUGUGAAAACAUCUUUCAAGGAUACAGAUGUGGAUGCUACCAAACUAAUUGAUGAAGUCCAAAGCAUUCCAGCUGAGAAAAUAUUAGAGUCAAAGAAGAAGAAGACAUAUGAAUCAUACAAAAUUACAUCAAAAUCUGAUGUCCUGAACCAUCAAGGAUUCAAUACUGAAGAGGAAAAAGAAAAAGAAGAACUGCUUAUGGAAAUUUAUGAUGUCUCAAAAGAAAACUUGAUACAAGAGAAUGAUGAGGAUCUUAUUUGUGGCUCUUCUGAUGGGAAUUCAUCCAAUACACUAGAAAUUUUAUGCAAUUCAAUGAAAAUGUUUCGAGAAAAACUUACUAUUUCUGAAGAUUCUGAAAUACAGGAUUCAGAAUAUGUCUACGAUCUAUAUUAUGGACAGGAAAAGGUUUUAGGUGACACCGAGUCUCUAUUGUACAUCCAGUCAUUAGAUCAAGAUCUCUUAUGUGAUAUUGAACUAGAUGAGCAAAACUCGCCUGCUAUUGACGAUGAAGAUGAUUCCAAUGGUGAAAACAACUGGAGGAACGAUUAUCCUGAAGAGGAUGAUUUUUUCUCUUCAGAUGAAGAAAAGUUUAGUCAAAAGGAUGAUGAUAGUGAAACCGAUUCAAGUAGUGAGGAUGAAUUAGAACAUUCAAGUUUCCAAGGAAGAUUGGAAACCUUACGAUGAGUAGAGACACAAAAACGAACAGAGGGAAGUAUAUGGAGACGCAUAUAAUCAUUACCCAUACCAUUAUACUCGUGCGUUUUGCAGAUAGAAUUAUAGCUUGCAGCGUAAGGUCGUUUUGCGUGUACAUGAAUCUUAAUUUGGCUGUUGCGAUUUUGAUUUGGCUAUGGGACAAAUGAGCAAUAGUUAGGAGAGAUUUCAAGUUUUACAAGUCUAUCUUUUCCCGAGGGGCAAAUCACUCUAAGAAAAUCUCUCGUACACCUUUUGUAAAAAUCCUAUUGUUUUAUCUGAAAAUCCAUAGAAAUCCUUUUGUUUUAGGCAAAAUCUCGUACGUUAUUUGCAAGAGUGAAUCGCCCCUCGUCUUUUCCCUCGUUGAACAGCAGUAUAGUUACUGUGUCUUUGAGGUAUAACACUGGUGGUAGACGGUUUUUUACGAGUUCACGGCUCUAUUUUUCAAAACUGCAGCUACUAUUCGUAGCUACAAAGACGAAGCUGAAAAUAAUUACGAAAUAACUCUAGCAGCCAUUUCUUGAAAUGUUGCUGGAUGAAUCUGAUUAGCUUAACUGUCGUUAUUUUCUGUCAACAGUUAACGUUCCUUGAUACUUUUACAAUCCUACACUGAAUUACAAGAGCCUCCAAAUUCGUGCUGGUGGCCUUUAUAAUUAAAAAAUAAUGUUUGCACUUUAAAUAUCAACCAAUAUGUUCACAUAAAAGAUUAUUCAAGAGAGGUUACCUGAUACACUUCUGAAAAAUAUCUCUACGUUUGCCAUUUACAGUCUGCAAUACUUAACGAGAAAUAAUCUUUUAAGUUAUUUCUUACCAAUACUUAAUGCAAGUAAAAUUUAUCAUGUAAGUAAAGGAAUGAAAUUGCUAUCUUCUUCAGAAAUCAAGUUCCAGCGCUGGAAGGCAACACUAAUUUUGUCCAGGUAGGCCUUGAUUCCAGCAACAUAAUUACACUACAAUGCCACCGCUUUUGGCUGUCUUUCCUGUUCAUUCCUAAAGAUGUGGUUUAUAAAUCUUCGCCAUGAUUCAACGGUUUUUGUUCCCCAAACCCAAAAGCCAGUGGCUAGUCCAGUUACUAAGGUCAUCAAAUAUUUAACUAAAAACACGUAAUGCUUGGGCUUAUCCUUUACCCGCACGCAUGGGCAGUUCUUCGAUUUCUCCCAGCUUUCUCUAUUAUUGUGUUCAUAAAAGUGACAAAGGAUGGUAAUUGCAACAGGCACAAGAAAAAAAACUGCAUAUAUUCCAAUCUUUACAAGCAUCCUGUCCAUUUUUGGCGAACGCGCCCCUUUCUUUCUAAGUACAUUACGGUUGAUAAAAAGGGCUAGCAGGCCAGCAAUGAGAAAGGAGCUGCCGAUAGUCAAGAAAACGAGAAGAGGUGCUAUGACGAAGAUGGUUAGCAUUGCGUUAUCGUGAUUGCCAACGAAGCACAAGCCAGAUACGGGGUCACUGUCAAUGCCAGCCAUUGCUAGUAUAGCCAUGCUUUGCACGGUGGGAAUAAACCACGACACAAAAUGGUAAUACUGAGAGUAAGAGGUUACUGCUUCGACACUCCAUUUCAUACCGGCCGACAGAAACCAGUUCAAUGCCAAAAUAACCCACCAUAUACAAGCGGCCAUCCCAAAAAAGUAAGUCAGUAAAAACACUGUAGUGCAGUCAGCGGGGCCUGUGGCAGAGUACCUCAAUAAAUUUGUCGCAGGGUUACAUGCAAUUUUUUCAAAUCCUCGUGCUAAUCUUAUAAUGUACCCAACUGACACCAUGAAAAAGCAAAAUGAAAUGAAUAUGACAGGGCGCUCAGGGUAUUUAAAUCGGUCUGUAUCAAUAAGAGCUGUAACACAUGUAGCAGACGUUGAUAUCAAGCACAGAAAAGACCAGAGAGUGAUCCAAAAGGUUGUUAGAUUUUGUUGACUCCUGCUGAAAAAAUACUCUUUGCAUUGGAGAGCACAAGAAGGAACAUCCGUGGGCCCGUCACCGAUACUCCUGUUCACAUAGACAAACGGUUUUUGGCACAUGCAGCCACAAGUUUCAAACCUGUUUUGGUUCAUUUUGCGACCUUUUUCGAAAAAGUUUCUUUUAUCUUUCAAGCGAGUUUUUUUCAAAGUACGGUCAGGUUUAUCAAUUGUUUUUGCUUUCGUUAUUUUAGGCUGGGAUUUUAUAAUGAGUCUGGAACGAUUUUUCUUGUCACCGCUUGUAGGGCGCUUCACUUUUUCUUUAACAUUCCCAAAAUCUUUCUCCAUGCAAACAGUCAAUCUCGAGUUUUCGGGAAAUCUGUUACAAUCAAGGUAUUCAGGCCAACUCAUUCCGUGUGUUUUGAUCACCGGACUACAUGCAUCUCGAACCCUCUCGCAAAAACUUCGACAAGGUAGCAACUGCUUUCCGUAAUUCUCUUCGCACACCGGUGCAUGCGUCGCACAAAUAAAAAGCUUGAGAUCUGGCGAGCAGUUGAUUCGAACCAGAGGCCAGAACUGAUGGGCAUGGAGCGCUGCAUCCGUUUGUGUUGGAUGCCCGAACAUGUUAGGAACGUACGUCAAGUUGUAUUCGAUUUUUUGGCAAAGUGGGAUUGUAAUACGCUCACACUUCAUCUGUUUCGAUCCCGAGCCUUGUGCUGUGCAAAUCCACGCUAAUAAAACGAACAAAUGGAAAAUCAAAAGAAGCUUCAUCUUUGAAUGAAAAUGUAAAUAAACAGCCAGAUGUCUGGUCUCCAACGCGAUAUCACUCGAAACAGCGAGGCAAAUAUUCGUUUAUAUAAUCUCAUAAGAAACUGCAGCAGCAGGGUAUUGGGUUCUGUGGCUGUCGUCUUCGAUCCCGUUUAUCAACUGAUUUCAGUCUCUUGACGAGAUGAGUGAACAGGGUUAGGUCUUGUUUCGUCUGGCGCUGUCCAGCGAUGGCGAUGCGAACAAGGCUGUGAAUAAGGCUGUGCGGCGGACAAUUUUAGAACGUAUCUGCUAAUCUGGAUUAGUCGACCUUGAGCAAAACACUCAUAAUCAUUACACAAAUAUUAUGUGCUAUGCAUGCAUGAAUAACAUGAUAAAUUGGUAAAUCCGCCCUUUGUUCUGCCAACUUAACGUAAUUUGCAGACAGGACAAUGUCUUUAUGUGGCCUGCUUUACAACACAAAACUCCCAACAGAGUCAUUCUGAAUUAAACGCAUUGUGAUUGUGGCUUUAAUCGAAACAAUUGAAAUAUUGAAAAUCAGCACGCCAUUUUCACCUGUUUUUGCAAGUUAGGCUUUCAACUGCAACUAAAACUGUGAAAAUAUUGGUACAUUUUAAUUAACGACUUCCAUCAAACAUCUGCUUUAGUGUUUCACUUUUAAAUCCUUGUCAACAGGCACGCUUAAUUGGGCUCAGAAAGUGAUAACUGGCGUCUUUUUAUCAUUAACCAAUGAUUUAUUAUACGCAAUCGUUGCUUAUAAACUCCCAUUGCUAUUAUCAAUACAGUCGUUAACAUUUUCAAUUACUGAAAAUGGUCGAAAUCAGCUCAAUAAAAGAAUGACGGUGCGAAGCAGGGCACAACCACUAUCCAAAUUUCACUCUGUCUUGUUUUCAAUGGAACGGAUGAAUUAUUUAAGGCCUGGCGACCCUCGCAGAAAUCCAAGUUUAUGAAAUUGCCUCUAAUGAAUAAUGCAGUGUUCAAAAGAUUCAAAUUCGCAUAUAUGAUUCGAUUCCUUGCCACUGUGGUCACUCUUCAUCCCACACAAACGCCCUUCGUCAAUCUAAUUUGCACUAUUGUAAACAGGCGCAGAGAGGCUUCAUGCUCUUAAUAAAUGAUGAUAAAACCCUGUCUGUGAAUCUACAGCAAAAAGGACGAAGGCCUAGAUUAACAACCUAGGGCUGCCUGGUCAGUCCAGUUGUCGAAUUGACAUGCAUUACUUCUCAAUUAUUUGCUUUUUAAAUUUCAAUUUGCGGCAUUUUCAGCAAUUCACAGUAAUUGAUUUUUCGCGUUUCUUACUUGGCGCAAAGUUCCCUUAUCAAGUCCCAGUGAGUUAUGUUCCAGACAGGGUUCAUUAAGGACUCUUGCUGUAGCUUAUAUUUGGAUGUGUGGGUUGUUUAUGUAAGACUUUAUGAGCUUAAAGAGUUGGAUUCA